CUGCAAUCCGGGAGUUCCUGCUAGGAAAGCUUCACGAAUGUUGUGCUUCUUUACAGAGAGUUGCAGAAUUAAAAGGCACAAAGCAGACAGCAGCUGGUUCAGCUGCUAGCACGUCAUCUCAUCCUGUCAAGAGAAAAACUGUUGACACAGAAAAUACAGAGUUAAAGAGAGUAAAAGGUACAGACGAAAAGCCACACACAUCUACAUCUGGGAUACCAGCAGAUUUUUUUGAUGAAACAGAGGGAGACAGUGCAAACAAACAGCUUUCGAAGGCUCCAGGUCCUAGUUUAUUGUCAGGAAAUUAUGAUGAUGACGAUGAUGGUGAUGAAGAGGAGGAACAAGAUCAAUCAAACACAUCUUCUGUUAUGAAUAAAACGGAAAUUCCACCUCCAACUCAAGAAGUAGCAGCUAGUGCUCUGCCUGCAGACUUCUUUGACAGCAACACCACAGCUGCUCCUAUACUUCCCCAUUCCGGAUCCAUACAGAAAGCAGAGAUACAGGAGAAGGUAGUGGAAAGGAAAGAAAACACUGCUGAAGCUUUGCCGGAAGGUUUCUUUGAUGAUCCUGAAGUGGAUGCAAAAGUGCGAAAAGUUGAUGCUCCAAAGGAUCAAAUGGACAAAGAAUGGGAUGAAUUUCAAAAGGCAAUGCGACAGGUCAACACAAUUUCAGAAGCAAUAGUGGCAGAAGAGGAUGAGGAGGGACGACUAGAUCGUCAGAUUGGAGAAAUUGACGAGCAGAUUGAAUGUUAUCGCCGUGUUGAGCUUUUGCGUAACCGCCAGGAUCUGAUGAAGGAGAAAUUAAAGGAAGCCAUGAGAUUAAAAGCAACACAAGAGAAAGAGGAUGAGGCUAUUGGUAGCGAAGAUGAAGAAGAGUUGCAGGAUUUGCUGUCUCAAGACUGGCGGGUGAAAGGGGCUUUGUUGUAGCGUUUCUGCAACAUGGUUGAUGAUAUUCUCUUCAUCUGUGAUGGUACUUCCACUGUUAGAAGUGAGAUGCUUUUGUUAAAUAUUUAUGUAAAGAGGAUUGUGAGGUGGUAAAGAGCCAAGUGUAUUAAAAACAUCUUUGUAGAGCCAAUGGCGUAUUACUUGCUGUAAAAACUGUAUAUUGCAAAUGUUUUACAAUAUAGAAUGUACCUUUCAUAUUAAAAUUAUUGGUUUCCUAC